AUUUUAUAUAGGUUGACUGUGAAACUCUGAGUUGCACAUCCGGAUCUCGACUAAUCAUGGUGUAUAUAUAUUUGGUCUUGUGUAUAGUAGUCACUACAGCUUCAGUUUCAGCUGUGUCUCCUUCUAACUGUACUGACGCUACAUUUAUUGAUUGUCAAGAUUCACAUGUCUGCAGCCAUACCGAUCUCAAGAAGUACUGUCCUCUCACCUGUGGUAUAUGCAAACCAUGUCAAGACGAGAGUGUGUUCAACUGUAAUCAAAACGUGUGUUCCUUUCCAACACUGAAGAAAUUCUGUCCUGUUACUUGUAAUUCGUGUAGUGAGACCUCACAUAUAAUAUCAACACAGGUAAACAGUUGUAUUUACAAGGGAAAGACGUAUCAGCAAGAUGAUCACUUUGACGAUGGAUGUCUUUACAAAUGUGUCUGUGAAGAUGCAUCUACAGGAAAAUAUGUUUGUCGUGAAAAGUGCUACACAUGGAACCUUCCAAGUGUUUGUUCAUUAGAUCCUCCAGCUUCUGGAAAGUGUUGUCAUACACCAAGUUGUCCUUCAUACGUACAAAUAACGUAUCCACAGGGAUAUUCCAAAGAAUAGUCAACAAACUUAUUCAUAAACAUAUUCAUGUAUAUUUAAAUAAAUACAUGUAAUAAAUGACGCUACGGAAACAUUGAAGUUUAUGUUUCAAAAUUGGUGUGGUAAUUUUUUUCUCUGAUCUGUUUCUCGUGACUUUGACUUGAUGAACAGAAAAUAGUAGCUUUGUUACUUUUAUUCGUUUGUCAAACAGACAUGAAUUGACGGCCCAGAUAAAUUUAAUAUGUGUCUUUAUCUAACAAAGUUUUCAUGACUGAAGAACAAUAACCUGUGUAGAGUUGGCUGAAAAAUUAAUCAAU